CUCUCAGGAGCUGGACAAGUACUAAUUUUGGUGAUCCUGACACAGGUACCAGUGAGGGAAUACUAUAUUACACAGCUUGAUAACUCAGAGAGUUUGAAGUCCCAGCAAAUCAGAUCAGAACACCAUGACAGUAGUGUUUGUGCUUGUCGCAAUGUUAUACUUCCACACGGGCGUCCUCGUUGAAUCGCAGGAGCUGGCCAGGACCAAAAGGAACCCGGCUCCCUCCCCUGCUUUCCAGUUAUUUCUUCAAAAGCUGCAAAAUUCCAACAUGAAGCUUUUGGGGCCACAGGUGAAGAGUGUCCCGCAAUCCCGAAUCACCUCUGCAUCUGAUCUUGCGACAGAUUUCCUGGAUUCCAAAUCGGAGAACAGCGAUGGAAGCAUCAAUGAUAGCACAGUGCCAAAAGAUCGAGUCAAGCGUGGCCCCGACAACAAAUACAAGCCCUCGCGCUGCUUCUUGGGCAUCUGCAACACGCUAAACCUGGCCUACAGGCUCUACCAGCUGGGACCUAAAGGGAAGGAGCCGAGUCCCCCGAAGAGUACGGAUGACCCCAAUGGCUAUGGCAAACGUCGGCGGAGGAGUCUUAUCUCCCUUCUCGGCUGGUACAGGAAGCUCCAAAUGCAUAGACUGGCGAGAAAGAAGUAAGGAGAGAGAUCCUGCAUGAUGUCCUUCACUUCCGCCUCUCACCCAAACUGCACCACACAAACCCAGACACGCAUAGUCCACAACCAGUGCCUCUUAGGGGAGUGGAGGAGGUAUGGGGGAAAGAAAUCAGAUGUAAAGUAAAAAUCAAUAAUAUCCUCUAGAGAAGGAAUCAGUCAUCCUUAUCUGGUCUAUCAUCAAGCCUAUAGCAAUCUGAUUGGCUUUUAAUUGUCCUCUGGGAAUUAGGGAUGGGAAAAGAAAUGGGACAAGAAUAGAAAUUGCUGGAAAAGCUCAGCAGGUCUGGCAGCACGGUGGAGUUAAAUCAGAGUUGAUAUUUUGGGUCACUCAUCUGAAACGUUAACUUUGAUUUCUCUCCAAAGAUGCUGCCCGACCUGCUGAGCUUUUUCCAAUUCACAGACUGAUCACAAAAUGCCUGGUUUGUAGGAAGUGUCAACUUCUUUAGCACCAGAGCUAGAAUUUAGCAAGAAUUGUCAGCCUUAAAGAUGCCAUUCCUUCAAAAAAAAAGCUUUUUGCCAAUAGAAUGGUGUGCUAAUAAAGGGCUCAUCCUGCAGUGGAAGUGAGGGGGAGGUGUAACUGGAAUCUACAUCAUAGUGCCACCUCAUCAGUGCACAUUGUUGAGUUGAACUGGUGAACCAGUGGGCCCAACCACCAAACACCCCAGCCCCAACAUCUCGCCAACAAUAAGAACAGUGCCCCUUUUAAUUGACUGACUGACCACUGUAGAUGGGCCAAGUUUUCCUCACUGAGGGGCUGGAAUGCCUGUGGCUGAUGCCGAGAGAGAGGUAUAGUCUCCUGUUGACUAGCUCUAGCCUUUCUGAUCCAAGGUAUAAGCUGCACCCUCCAACGUAGACCAGCAAACUCUGUGAGCGAUGCGGUCAGAGUGAUCAGUGGAAUGCCUCGGCUCUUGAUUAUGGGCAUGGUAAAGUUGUUUCAUCAAGCAUGGAUGAUUUCAUUUGGUUACUGGUUUAGUGGUUUGCAGAGCUUGAGUUACACACAACUCGAGCUGUUUUCCCUGGAGUGUCAGAGGCUGAGGGGUCACCUUAUAGAGGUUUAUAAAAUCAUGAGGGGCACUGAUGGGAUAAAUAGACAAACUCUUUUCCCUGGAGUAGAGGAGUCCAGAACUAGAGGGCAUAAGUUUAGGGUGAGAGUGGAAAGAUAAAGAAGAGACCUAAGGGGCAACUUUUUGUGCAGAGGGUGGUACAUGUAUGGAAUGAGCUACCAGAGGAAGUGGUGGAGGCUGGUACAAUUGCAACAUUUAAGAGGCAUUUGGAUGGGUAUAUGAAAAGGAAGGGUUUGGAGGGAUAUGGGCCGGGUGCUGGCAGGUGGGACUAGAUUGAUUUCGGAUAUAUGGACAAGUUGGAUCGAAGGGUCUAUUUCCGUGCUGUACAUCUCUAUGACUCCAUGACUUGAGUCUGCCACAAAAAGCCCCUUGCCUGCCCCAUCUUUGCGAAAUGAACCCCCUCUAAUAAGAAAUUCAGUUUCUCAAACAAGUGUGACACAUUGCUGCCCCUGUUUGGUGGUAAUGAGAAUAGCAGGAGAUGAAAGGUACUCCGCAGUGUCUCCUGGUACCCCCUUACAGUACACAGACAGCAGUCAUGGAACAUUCACCAGCAGACACUUUCCCACAGAGCCGUGCGGAGUGAACACUUCAAACUACUGGGAAGGGAAAAAAGCACAUUUGUGUUUAUGUAUAUGCAAUAUUUAUAUGUAUGUAUUUGUACAUAUGCAUAUAUCAUACAGGAUGUUUAUAGAGUUAUUGUUGAACUUAAUUUUAAAUGUUUUGAUUCAAUACAGUCCAAAUAGUUAGGAUCCAGCAGCAUUGAAAACUCAUGAAAUCACUCUAUAAUACCCAGAGAACAUCAGUGAGUUAGAUUGGAAUGAGGUGUCUUCUCAAAGGCUGCCUAUUUCUACCUCCUAGAUACCACCCCUGUCUCAGCUCAUCCACUGCUGAAACCCUCACCUCAUUCAGGCCUUCAUGACCUCUUACCUUUACCAUUCCAAUGCGCUCCUGGCUAGUCUCAAAUUCUACCCUCUGAAAACCUGAGGUCGUUCAGAACUCCACAGCCUGUGUUGUAUCUCAUGUAUUCUGGUUUCUCUAGAACCAUCUGACUCCCUUAGCCUCCUGAUUAAGCAAAUUUAAAGUGCUCACCUAUCUUCGCAAAUUCCUCCACAUCUUCACUCUCCCCUUAUUCUGUAAUUUCUUUCAACUGCUCAGAUCUCCUCACUCCUUGAAUCCUAGAACCUUGAGCACUCCGGUGGAUUUUAAUUGAUCCCCUUUAAGUUGAGUGCCUUGAGCUGCCAGGUGCUAAGUUCUGACAUUUCCUGCCUAAAUCUCUCUAUCUCAUUCUCUGCUCAAAUGCCUCUCUUUUGAUCACCUGACCUAAUAUCUCUUCUUCCGAAGAACAGUCAUAUCACACUCAAAAAGUUAACUCUGUUUUUCUCUCUCCACAGAUACUACUAAUCUGCUGAGUUUCUCCAGAACUUUAUUUUUAUUUCUAAUAUCGCCUUAUGUGGAUUUAUGCCAUACUUUGUUUUACAAUGCUCCUGUGAAGUGCCUUGGGACAUUUUAUUAUGUUAGAGAUGCUAUCUAAAUAUAAGUUGUUAGCGAGGUUUGAGAAGAUUUGUAGCUCAGUUUGAGGUUUUGGAUGAAAGUUUGCUCGCUGUGUUGGAAGAUUCAUUUUUAGACAUUUUGUCACCGUACUAGGUAACAUCAUCAGUGAGUCUCUGGUGAAGCUUCAACGGAGACUCACUGAUGUUACCUAGUACGGUGACAAAACGUCUGAAAACAAACCUUCCAGCUCAGCGAAUAAACUUACAUCCAAAAUAUAAGUUAUGCUAUUGCUGGUGUACCACCAAAGGUAAUGGUUAUGUUGAACCUAGAAAGUAGAACUGUAUUGUGGCAAAACUUCACAAAUAAUGAUUUUAUAUGUUGUUUACAAUUUGCUUCCAUCAUGUGUACAUCCAAAAUCAAUCAAUUUUAAAGGAUUUUAUAAACAUGUUGGACAUAUAUGUGUGUGCCUUUUGAUACAUGUACAUAUACACAUGUGCUGCGUAACCAUUUUAACACUGGAGCUCAUUGUGGACUGUUUUGGUUUAAAUGUUGCCCUUAUCUAGAGACUGGGGCAGUGGCUGAUCCUGUGACAAUGAAGAAUUUAAUUUUCAUUGCCUCCUCCCCACUUUUACUUUUCAAAAUGAGUUCGAGGGGAAAGUACCCAUGGGGUGUCUUCACUCAAGAAACUUUGACUUACUUUGAAAGAAUGGAAACAGAGAACGUUUAAACCAUCAGUAGAUCUGGGUUGGGUGGGGUGAGGUUGGAUGAAAUUUAUAGAAACUGAGUGACUCCCUCAAACAUUCUAGAGGAAAAAAAAGAAAAUUCACUUUCAUUAUUGAUGGCAUUUCUAAGCAAUGCACUAAACUCUUUGACUUGAGUAAUACUUGAAAUAAAUUGUAAAUUAACAAUUAACUUAAGUAACAGUUGCAUUUUGAGUGCAAUGGAUGUC